GCACCAGAUGGUACCAUGUGAAUGACUGAGGAUCAUGAAGGCCACACACAAACUACUGUUUGUUCUGUGUCCCAUGCUGGUCCUGGUGUUCAUCUACUACUCGUCUGGGAAGCUGCAUCUGCACGUAUGGGGCCAGAAGCCGCAUGUAGGUGUGGAGCCGACUGUUUCUCUAACAGUUACAAAAGCUAAACCUAAACCUAAAGUGACGACAGAGCCGGAGCGAGAGGCCGUUGUCUCCGAGGGACAAAUAGUAGGCUCAGUCUACGAUCAGCAGGGCUUCUUGCUGAAGCUGGAUGGAAAGCUUGACAGCCUGGCAAGCAGCAGAAGCCACUUGCGGAAAAGGCCAGCGGACUUGGUGUACAAGUAUGACAACCUCAGCAGUGAAUCCUGCAAGCCUGGCUACGCCGCUGCCAAGAUGUUGGCUGUCUAUCCAAAGUUUGUAAAGCCAGCGCCCAUGUUCCUCGACAGAAACUUUAAGCGGUUAGGCAAAGUCAGCAGUUUUUUACCUCCAUUUGGAUUCAAGACACAAGAAAGAAUCAUAGACACCAUAUUAUCUGUUACAAAGAGUUACGGACUGAGUCCAGAGCUUGACAGUUUGAGCUGUAAAAGAUGCAUAAUCGUAGGAAAUGGGGGAAUCCUCGCCAAUAAGUCUUUGGGCUCCCGUAUUGACGAGUAUGAUAUUGUGGUGAGGUUAAAUGAGGCUCCAGUUAGUGGUUAUACCAGAGAUGUGGGCACUAAAACCACUAUGAGGAUAACCUACCCUGAGGGUGCCAUCCAGAAACCAGAGCACUAUGAGAAAGAUUCCCUCUUCGUGUUCUCCGCCUUUAAACCUCUGGACUUUAAAUGGCUGAGACAGAUGAUCUUCAAAGAGAAACUGCAGGGUACAGAGGGCUUCUGGAAGUCUGUGGCCCAUUACGUGCCCCGGGUGCCUUCGGAGAUGCGGAUCCUCAACCCUUACUUCAUCCAAGAAGCUGCCUUCCAGUUCAUUGGCCUGCCUAUGAACAACGGCCUCAUGGGCAAAGGGAACAUUCCAACUCUGGGUACGGUCGCCAUAACGAUGGCUCUUCAUAACUGCGAUGAGGUCGCUGUUGCUGGAUUUGGCUACGACAUGAGCACCCCUCAUGCACCAUUGCACUACUACGAGACAGUCAAAAUGUCUGCCAUCAAAGAGUCUUGGACUCACAACAUCUCGAAGGAGAAGGAGUUUCUCCAGAAGCUGGUGAAGGCCAACGUCAUCAUGGACUUGACAAAGGGGAUUUGAGUCUUCGAAGGUUGAGUGCCUUUCCCAGAGAGCGACCAAACCGAGAAUGCUGGGAAAUCCAGGCCAAGGACCGGAGAACAUCUGAGGUGUUUAGCUGCAGCGGAAAAGACGCCUCAGUGCAAAAGCACACGUGCCUUCAGACUGACGAGCUUCCUCUGAGCAGGACGCUCCAGAGGAUAUAAGGUGUUCUUGAAUGUCUCAGGAGACCACCGAUCUCUGUCCCAAACUUCAUCCACACCCACCAUCCACACACUUACCGAAUGCUAUCGAAGGCAGCAGAGGUGGUGAACUCCAACGGCGCUGCAGAGUGAACUCGACUGAUUGUGCCAAAUGUACCUCGUUCCAAGGAGACGGCCCCUCCUCUACAGCCUGAAUGUAUUCACUGUGUAGAUAUCAAAGAUCUUACAAUCUCAUCGACCUUCAUGGAAGAUUCCGUCCAGACCAGUACGUGGUCAUCUUGCCCACGCUGCUGGAAGGCCAGAGGACGGCCUUCGUCUUCUUUCCUCUGAGCCUGCAAGGCUGUCCACCUCCUGAUUGUCAGACUUGUGUAUUAUUCUCUCUUCUUUCCAAGGAGGCUUGUUCUUUUUAAAUUAUUUAUUUUCGUACAAGAUUGUAAGCCUUUUUAACCGAAGAGGAUUUUUAAAAAUUUGUGUUAAUUCUUUUUUUUUCUCAUUAAUUUUUUUCUGUUUUUCCUUUCCUUUAAUUGUUUAUAUCAUAUACUCUAUCUACAAAUCGUGUACAUUUACUCAAACGGCCUUGCGAAAUUCUCUGGAACAUUAUGGUAACCUGCCACGCAUCAUCUGCCUUUUCGUCAAAGCGCUUCUCUCUGCAAGUACCUAGAGAACACCAAUGUUUACUUUUUGAUAUACUAUCAGCUUUGUGGGUUGAUGUUUCUUUUCCAAAAAAUAGUUUUGGUUUUGUACUUUUGGACGACUUACGCUCUGUAUUUCUACGCUCCGUGGAUUUCUAUGGACAUUUGUCAUUUUCAGUUCUUCGUAAUUCGAAAAGUGGUUCGUUUCACAGAAAGGAUGCGACAUCGUCCUCAACCUCAAUGCUAUUUUCUGUUUUUGUCACAGUAGAUACCUUCAUGAAGAGGGUUUACAGAUCCAGGCCUGAACCUGCAGCAAGCAAGUCAAAGGCGUGGAAAAAAAUCUCCAGAUAGAAUAAAAAAGGAGACGGGAAAUAACAGAACAUCAGUUCUUGGAGGUUAGAAGCUGGGAAUUCCUCUGAUGUUUCCAAAUUUCGGCAUAAUUCAGUGGUUGAGAUGAAAACAGAGUGAUUUGUGUGGUUUGGUAUGAAAUGAUUGUAGAGACUCAGAUUUCUUUACAGUAGUGCUGAUAGGAACCAGGCGUUGCCAUGACUCCUGACUCAUGACACAAAUAUAGACAUUUUAUUUACAAUCCAAAACCACCUACACAUUUCCUUUAAUGUUAAAAUUGGUAAAAUAAAAAAAAAAACAUUGUGGUAAAAUUAUGAUAAAUCUAAAAAAAUAUGGGUUUUUCUUGUUUGUUUGUUUGUUUGUUUGUUUGUUUGUUUUUAGCGCUAUUUCACUCUGCAUGUACAUCUCUGCCAAGAAAGGGGUUAAAAAUGUCUUUUAGGCCAAAACUUUAUCUUAGUGUCUCAAGAAUCAGGCGUUAUAUUCACAAUCAUUUCAUGUAAUAACUUUCUGUGAGGGAGCUUUUCGAGGUGGAUGUCUGGUUCCUAUCGCCACCCCUGUUAACAGUUUGAGCUCUGUUUCACUUCAAAUCCCCUCUGAAUGACUGAAAUUGUUGAAAUUCCCCUUUAAGGGGAAAAAAAUCCCAAUAACCAAAAAUAACUUCUGAUCUUUUUUAUUUUAGUUUUAUGGUCCAGGCGUUUUAGUGAAAGUGAUUUACUCACUGAUAUGAUUGUCAGUUCUCUUUUUUUUCACAAUUCUUUUGAAAAUAACAAUAAGAAGUAUUGUAGCACUGGCGGUGGAGUUACCUGGAAUUCUUUUUGGAUUUGUUUUCUGUUAAAUGCUUCAUAUUUUUCAUUAGUUCUCUUUCAAACAGGCUUAUUUGUGUUGUGACAUGUUAUUCUCUAAAGAUUAGUUUAAGGUUAGGUUUAUUUUGCAUUCAGAUUCCGCAGUUCUCCUGUAUUACUAUGAUCCAUUUAAGCAGAGUGCCUGGUUUCCCGGUGGCCAGCCUUAUGGUUUUGCCCCAUUGAAUCCCAGCAAUAUUGCGACAAAAAAAAAAAAAAAAAAAAUCUUGCCAGUAUUUUUGACAGUAC